AUGACGGUGACGAAGAGUCAAUACUCCGUCGCCGUUCUCGGCGCCGCGGGUGGGAUCGGUCAAUCGCUGUCACUCUUGUUGAAGAUGAAUCCGCUGAUUAGCGACUUGCGACUGUACGACUUGGCCAAUACGCCGGGCGUGGCGGCGGAUUUGUCGCACACGAACACGACGUGCCAAGUCCGUGGAUUCAUGGGAGCGGAUCAGUUGAAGGAUGCGCUCAAGGGUGCCGAUUUGGUGGUUAUUCCCGCGGGCGUUCCGCGUAAGCCGGGCAUGACGCGAGACGAUUUGUUCGCGAUUAACGCCGGCAUCGUUCGCGACUUGUGCGUCGCGUGCACCGAAGCGUGCCCGAACGCGUUGAUCAACAUCAUCUCCAACCCGGUGAACUCCACGGUCCCGAUCGCGAGCGAGGUGUUCAAGAAGGCUGGAUGCUACGAUCCGAAGAAGAUUUUCGGCGUCACGACGCUCGACAUCGUUCGCUCGAACACGUUCGUCGCAGAAGCCAAGGGGUUGGACAUUAACGACGUCGACGUUCCCGUCAUCGGUGGCCACGCUGGCAUUACGAUUUUGCCGCUUUUGAGCCAAACGUACCCGAAGUGCGACUUCACCGCCGAAGAGGCUGAUAAGCUCACCGUGCGCAUUCAAAACGCCGGCACCGAAGUCGUCGAAGCCAAGGCUGGCGCCGGCUCCGCGACGCUCUCCAUGGCUUAUGCCGCUGCGCGCAUGGCUGAAGCUUGCUUGCGCGGUUUGAGUGGUGAACCGGACGUGUACGAAUGUUCUUACGUCGCUUCCAACAUCACGGAACUUCCGUACUUCGCGACUAAGGUCCGUCUCGGCCCGUCUGGCGCUGACGAAGUCAUGCCCAUCGGCGACAUUACCGAGUACGAAGCCGAUUGGUUGGCCAAGCUCAAGGUUGAGCUCACGGGUAGCAUCCAAAAGGGUGUCGACUUCGCCAACCAAUAA